AUGCUCCCGGGGGUUCCUCCACGGCCUGGGGCAGGUCCCGGGGGGCGGCGGGCAGAUCGCGGGGGUUCCUUCGCGGCCGGGGACAGAUCCCGGGGAACCCUCCACAGCCGGGAGAGGACCUCGGGAGGUCCCUCCACGGCCAGGGGCAGAUCCUGGUGGGCCCUCCCCGGCCAGGGACAGUUCCCGGGGGAGCCUCCACAGCCAGGGGCAGACCCCAGGGCGCCCUCAAAGCCGGGGACAGAUCCCGGGGUGGAGGCGGGCAGAUCCCGAGGGUCCCUCCACGGCCGGGGCGGCGGCCAGGCCUGGCCGGGGGCGGAAGGCCACGCCGCCUCGGGUCAAGCCCUCUCCUCCCGCCCCUUCAGGAGUCCCAAGGCCGCCAGGGGUCUUCCCCGGAGAGGAGCCCCCUGCCCGGCCCCCGAGGCUCCCCCCGCGGCGGAGUCCCCACCCUGGAGGGAUUUCAAAGCACGGCUUAGCGCCGGCCUCGGCAGCGCUGGGCUGGCUAGGCUGGAUCUCGGAGCGCUGGCCCGCCCCACACGGCGCGGCGGCUCGAUGGCUCUCAGCGCUGAGGGGGCCCGGCCGUGGCGGCCCCGCCCGCCCCCGGCGGCGCGCGCAGGCGCGGGGCGCGUGGACCUCAGCGACGUCCGGAACCCGGACAUCACCAUCACCGACAAUGUCCUGCACUUCAGAGCCCAGGGUCACGGUGCCAAAGGAGACAACAUCUAUGAAUUUGAGAUCGAAUUUCUCGAGCCCGUUGAGCCUAAACCUGUGUGCAGGAUGACCCAAAGGCAGCUGAACAUCACUGUGCAGAAGAAAGAGAGUAACUGGUGGGAGAGGCUGACCAAGCAAGAGAAGCGCCCGCUCUUCCUGGCGCCCGAUUUCGACCGCUGGUUGGACGAGUCGGAUGCUGAAAUGGAGCUGAAGGAGAAGGAAGAAGAAAAGAUUAACAAAAUGAAAAUAGAAUCCAGAGUCCCAAAAGACCCUUUCAAACACCUGAAGAAGGGAUACCUAAUCAUGUAUAAUCUUGUACAGUUUUUGGGAUUCUCUUGGAUUUUUGUGAACAUGACAGUACGACUGUUCAUCUUAGGAAAAGAUUCCUUCUAUGACACAUUUCACACUAUUUCUGAUAUGAUGUAUUUCUGUCAGACCCUGGCAUUAAUGGAGAUUAUGAAUUCACUAAUAGGACUGGUCAGAUCACCACUGAUACCUUCUGUAGUGCAGGUAUUUGGAAGAAACUUUGUUUUGUUUGUUAUCCUUGGAAGCUUGGAGGAAAUGCAGAGCAAACCUGUGGUGUUCUUCAUAUUUUAUUUCUGGAGUAUCACUGAGCUGUUCAGGUAUCCCUAUUACAUGCUUUCCUGCAUUGGAAUUGAAUGGAAACCACUCACCUGGCUCCGUUACACUGUCUGGAUCCCUCUCUACCCCUUAGGGGGCUUGGCAGAAGCUGUCUGUAUUGUUCAAUCCAUUCCAAUCUUCAGUGAAACAGGGAAAUUUAGCCUGGGAUUGCCAAAUCCACUGAACGUCACAAUCCAGUUUCCAUUUGUGCUUCAAAUAUAUCUUAUAGCCUUGUUUUUAGGGGUAUUUGUAAACUUCCGUCACCUCUACAAGCAAAGGAAACAGCACCUUGGACCAAAGAAGAGAAAGAUGAAGUGAAGCAGGACUGCAAUGCUUUCUUCCUCACCUGGGGACAAGACAAGCCUCUCAUUCUUACGGUUUUACCCACUGUAAUGCAAAGAAUUUUGUAAAAUGAAAUGACCACACUAGAUUUCAUGAUUUCAUAGUGAAUUCAGGUAACAUUCCCUUAUACUGAAUUUUGCUCCCUUUCCAUCAUCUAUGCAUGGCAUUUACCAUUGAACAUUUAAACGUGUAUCCUGUCAACCAGCAUAUUAGAAAGAAAUCCUAUUAUCUGCAUAUGAUAUGCUUAUAAUCAGUGGAGCAGCACUAACUAGAAAUAGUGUUUAUCUUUUAAUUGGAGAUUUGCUCUUUCAAUAUUGCAUGCAGAUAGGGCUUCUGAUGUGGGAUAUGCUCUUAGCUGGCCUGUGCUGUUCCUGGGAGGCAUCUUGAUGGCAGGAGGAGGCACAGACUGAGACCACUGUGCAGUGUUUGGGUGUUUAUCAACCACUGGGAUAAAGUUGCUCAGCACAUACUCCCCCUCUUCUUCUGCAGCAUUAUUGAUGGUGCAGAAUUAAAACUGGAAGUAGCUAAUGCUGAUUUAAAUGCUACCAACUUUGUCUGUUUCUAGUUGAGCCUUAACAGAAUAGGAGCUCUGUGUGGACCAUAGCAAUGUGUAUUCCUGCAGCAACACAUCCUAUCCAGUCACUAGGGAAAGGAAGCUGCCACUCAGGGCAGAAAUGCUUUCCUGGGUGGUAGAGCAAGCACUGAAACGUAACAGAACAAGGCAACAUAGGUACCAGCUUUCCCCUGGCACGUCAACCCAAGAGAACUCCAUCCAACCCAUGCAAAGAGAGAAUGUGGAAUUCUCAUGGGAGUUGGGGCCCCUCUGAUCCAUCCUGCUGGGGCUGUGGCUCCUGUAUUUACAGCUUUCAGCAAGGCAGCCAAGUCACUUUUCUGCCUGCAUUUAGGGGUGCAGCAGGGAAGUUGCUGUGCAUGGUUUGAUUAGCCCCUGGGGGCAUGGAACAGAGGGUCAAAUAAACUGUAUUAUUUAGAUAGCA